AUGAGCUCGCAGGCCCUUCACCCGGGAUACUCCCACGCGGACGCCUUCGACGAGGGCUUCCUCUCGGUGGGAUCCAUCCACAAGAUCCAUUACGAGCAGUAUGGGAAGAAAGACGGCAAGCCAGUUGUCUUCCUCCACGGCGGGCCCGGCGGCCACUGCACCAAGAUCAACACGACCUUCUUCAAUCCAGAGGUCUACCGCGUCGUCCUGUUCGACCAGCGUGGCUCCGGCAAGUCUCUGCCAAAUUCGGAGCUGCGGGAGAACACCACCCACCACCUGGUCGAGGACAUCGAGGCCAUCCGCAAGCAUAUGGGCGUCGACAAGUGGCACAUGGUCUUCGGCGGCUCGUGGGGGUCCGCCCUGGCACUGGUGUAUGCGCAGGCCCAUCCAGAGGUCGUUGGCUCUCUCGUCCUGCGAGGCAUCUUCACCUUCCGCAGAGAAGAGCUGGAGUGGUCCCGAAGCAUCGUGGCCGGCCGUCUAUACCCCGACGCCUACGAGGAGUUCGUCAACUACCUGCCAGAGCCGGCCCGAGCUGACAUUGUCGGCUCGUACUACCAGCUGCUCCUGUCCGACAACAGAGAGACACGUAUCAGCGCUUCCAAGGCCUGGAAUAAGUGGGAGCUGUCCAUCAGCGAGCUGCGCCAGAACCCUCAGAGCCUGAAGAAACUCGAGGACGAUGACUGGACGCUGGCACACGCUUCGAUGGAACUCCAUUAUGCUAUGAACGAUGCCUGGCUUGAGCAUGGUGCUCUCUUGAAAAAGGAGAAUGUUGACCGGAUCAGACAUAUCCCCACAACUAUGGUUCAGGGGCGUUAUGACAUCGUAUGCCCUCCCCAGACAGCCUAUGAGCUGCACAAGGCGUUCCCUGAGUCCAGGCUAUUCUGGAUUCCGGAUGCCGGACACAGUGCAAUGGAACCCGGAACCCGCAGCAAACUGACCGAGACUUGCGACGAGUACGCCGGUUUAUAAUUCUGAGGUCGGGCCAUGAUCUCUCAUGUAUUGAUACACUGCUGUCAACAGACUCAGAGUAGUUAACUAGUAACUAUCAUUAUGCGCAAGAAAGAAUUACAUAGCUAUCAGGUUGAACUUGAUGACUGGUCUUCCAUUCCUCUCCAGCGGCGUUCCCUGGCUAUUUUUCAAUGCUCCUUUUCACGGCAGCAACCACAAGCUCUCCGAACACUAACGCAGAUCAUAACGGCGAUACGGAUGCUGCUCGUGCUAAACAGAGAGUCAGUGGCUCCCUGGAUGCACCUAAAAUAGCGUACAUACAUAGUCAAUCAUCAGAUCGACAACGUCAAGCAGUGAACCAACUAGCCGGUUAUCCAACGCACCCGGCUGUGAAGGACUCGCAGUAACUCACAGAAUGCAGAGAGAUAUGGCUGACUGGCUCCCUAAUUAUACGGUUGAACCACGGAUGCCUCGUUAACUUACCUGAUCAGCGGAUCAGCGAGCCGUGCCUGGCCUGUCCGGCGUCUGGCGUCUGUUUUGAAUGCACUGCCCUGGAUUAUGGUAGCCACCUAGCUACCUCAGCUACUCCCUCGAUGGUUCCUAAGUUGACUAUUUUACGGCCAAACUCGACGUCCACUCUUUACAUCCCCAUCUCAUCCAUCCAGAUAUCCAGCCUCCUUUUAUGCGAACAGACUCGGAGCAGCAAGCUAACCGACUAGUCAGACACUGUCAGCCCUGUGGAAGGCGAAACCCUUCUUUC